AAGGAAGAAGCAGAUCCAGACGUCCUGAAGAUAGGAGUACUUAAGAACCUGUAGAAGCGCGGCAGAAAGUUGUUGAACAUUGCAGCUCUCUUUCCAACUUCCACCGACAAUUCACCGGAAUGCCACUCUUCUCUCACCGCUCCACCUCUCCCCUUCCCUCCUCCUACUCCGCGAAACCCCUCAAACCCCAAAAACCUGCUUCUUCCCCUUUCACUACCCGCACACCCUUCCCGAUUCUUGUCUUUUCGAUCGUCUCUCUCUUCAUUGGCCUCGCUGGAACAAUCUUUGCCGUCUCCGUAAUCCGCCGCACCCCUCCUGUUCCCGUUUACCGAUGCGGCAGAUCCGAGGAUACUUUUAGGUCCUUUUACUCCUCCUCGGGUUCUAGAAAGCUCGGUGAUAACAACGCCGGACUAACUGAUCGCCCAAAGCUUCUUGGGUUCGUGGGAAUUCAAACUGGGUUCGAUUCAGUUGAUCGCCGAGCUGCCCUCCGUACUACUUGGUUUCCCUCUGAUCCUGAUGGGCUUUUAAGGCUGGAGCAAGCUACUGGUCUAGCUUUCAGGUUUGUAAUUGGACGAUCUAAGGAUGCAAAGAAGAUGGCACAACUUGAGAAGGAGAUUGACAAGUACAGGGAUUUCAUGCUUAUAGAUAUUGAGGAAGAAUACUCAGAGCUUCCACACAAAACGUUGGCAUAUUUCAAAGCAGCAUUCAAGCUUUUUGAAGCUGAUUAUUAUGUUAAAGCUGAUGAUGACAUCUAUUUGCGUCCGGAUCGGCUUGCAACUCUUCUUGCCAAAGAACGAACAGAUUCCUUCACUUACAUUGGGUGCAUGAAGAAGGGCCCUGUGAUCACAGAUCCAAAACUGAAAUGGUAUGAGAAAUCAGGACUCCUGAUUGGAAAUGAGUAUUUCUUGCAUGCUUAUGGUCCUAUAUAUGUUCUCUCUGCGGAGGUGGUUGCUUCAUUGGCAACUGCUAGGAAUAAUAGUUUGAGAUUUUUCAACAACGAGGAUGUCACUAUUGGGUCAUGGAUGCUUGCAAUGAAUGUACAUCAUGAAGACAACAGAGCAAUUUGUGAUCCUCGAUGUACACCAACAUCAAUAGCAGUCUGGGAUAUUCCAAAGUGCUCAGGUUUAUGCAAUCCAGCUACAAGACUUAGGGAGCUUCACAAGAUCGAUAUGUGUUCCAAGAGCCCAACUUUGCCACCUGAUGACAGAUAAACAUCUUGGGCAUGAACUUCAUCAUACAACAGUUAAUACGUUGUUGGUAAUCUCAAUUGAUAUGUGCUAAACUCGUAGAACUGUUCCAUUCUUUUCCAGCUUACCACAAUAUCGCUGUCAACAAGACCUUUCGAUCAAAGUAGAAUGCCUGGUAAUAUGUAGGACCUCAGUAAUCAGUAAUAUAGAAGCAUAUGAAAACCCUCCCGGACAAUGGGGAGAAUUGAAGAUUGAUAGAAGUCAUUCUUCCUCGGAUAUGGUGUCACACCAUUCAACUUGUUGUAUGGUCUGUGUAUGUAAUUCUUUUAACUGUGGCUUUGCCCUCCAAUUAAUGAAAUGAGUAUAUUUCC